AUGAUCCCAUACUCGAAAAAAAAUAAAGGUUAUAAAUAUAUUUUAUGCGUCAUGGAUUGUUUUACAAAAUUUGCUUGGGCGACACCAUUAAAGUCUAAAAGUGCUAAAGAAGUUUCGAAUGCAAUGUCUAAAAUACUGCAUAAACGCGCACCAAAACUAUUGCAGCUCGAUAAUGGUAAAGAAUUUUACAAUACAACAUUCAACGCGUUAAUGAAUAAACAUAAUAUACACAAAUAUUCUACAUAUAGUACAACGAAAGCAUGCAUUAUCGAACGUUUCAACCGCACAUUGAAAGAAAAAAUGUUUAGAGAGUUUACUGCACAAGGAUCACACGAAUGGGUUUCUAUUUUACCUUCAUUGAUUAACGAAUACAAUAAUUCAAAACAUAGAACAAUAGGUAUGACACCUAUACAAGCUGAUGCAAAUCCUUCUUCAGUGAAAAUAAAGCAACGUCAAAUUAUUAAUGGAAAAAUUAAAUUUAACAUUGGUGAUAAUGUUCGUAUAAGUACAUAUAAAGGGGUAUUUACAAAAGGAUAUUUACCAAGGUGGUCUACAGAAAUAUUUAAAGUUAUCAAAAUAAAUAAAACUUCCCCCACUACUUAUCAACUACAAGAUUAUACUGGAAAACCUAUUGCAGGCUGUUUCUACUCUGAGGAAAUUCAAAAAACCAAUCACCCAAACGAUUAUUUAAUUGAAAAAAUUAUACGUAAGAAGGGUGAUCAAAUGUUUGUAAAAUGGUUAGGGUUUGAUAAUACACACAAUAGUUGGAUAAAUAUGCGUGACGUUAAAAAAUAG